CGAUUCCUCGUCGGCUCCUCCAGUCUCCUCUCCUCCUCUCCUCCAGCGGCGAUUAGGGUUCUAUCCCAAGCCGGAGCCGCCACCGUCCCACGAAUCCCUGCCGCGCCGUCCUCCGCGAAGCCAUGACGCCGCCACCUUCUCCUGGAUAACCGCCUCCGCCUCCCUCCUGUUUCGUGGCGCCCGCGGCCCUGCCUCGUGGGCUCCCGCACCGACCGCUCCGGCCAGGGCGCCGCCACGUCCUCGUGCCUCUCCCAUUCCCCGCCGAGAUCCCGCCCGGGCUGGAGUACCUCUCCUCGUACCCUCGGAUUCGUUCCCUGGCCGCCGCCUUCGUCCCCAAGCCGAGCCGCCACGUAUUCGUCCACCUGCCGCCGCCGGAUUCAUCCCCACGCCGCCGUUCGUGCUGCUGGUUCGAGAGCUGGAGACGGGAGAGACUCGUCCAAUCGGGGGACUGCGACUGCGAGAGACACGGUGGUCUGUUGCCGCUGGCCUGUCACCCGCUGCCGCCGGCGGCCCAGAGGCAGGACCUUCCCCUCUCCCCGUCUAGGCCUAGCCCACUCCCCGCACGCUGUGCUAGGGUUACGCCUCGCCGUCGCCGGCCAGCACUCCUGCCGUCGCCUACUCACCGUCUCCCUCCCCGACUCAGCCCCCAAUGGAUUCAUCCCAUGAAACAACCGUCGAAGUGGUGAUGGCAACUCCGGCAAUGUACAGUGGUUGCAGCAAUUCCGAUGCUAGCUUUGAUGGAUAUCAACAUACAGGGAUGAUGUCAGGAAUUCAGGCUGUGGAAGAAGAUGAGUUUGGCAGUACGCAACUCCCCAAGGAAAUAAUUGCCGAUUCGGAGGAGGAAGGAAGCUUGUCAUCUAGCCCUGAAACUUCAUCUACCAGUAAUUACGGUUACAUACAACAAGAUUUGCAGAAUAUCUCCAAUGCUUUGCAUGAAAUGGUUGACAAAGAAGGACCUGUUGUGCUUAAUCCUGAUUUUGCAUUUUGCGACUCAGCCUUGCAUCUUCUGCCUCACCUAACUUUUUCAUCAGAAGGGUUCAAGAUUGAACAUUUUGAUAUGGCUUCAUGUGAAGAUGAUGAGAUGAUGACAAGUCUAUGUUGGGAUGUUUGUGACAUCGUUAGCAUCGGUUGUAAAUGGACUGCGAGUGUGGAAUCUGCCUUUAUAACUCUCCUUGUUGGAUCCAGUGCAAAAGCCACAAAUUCAGGUCCUGUCAGGGUGGAAUUUUGUCUUACAGAUCCACACUGGCCACGGAAGCAAGAAAAGAUUUGGCAUCUUGCAUCACGAUACCAAGAGAUUUGGAACACUCCAUCCAUAUCUAUCAGCGAGGAUUUUGCACCGGAGAGUUGGAGCAUUGAACCCAGUUUAUUUUACCCUAAGCAAUACUUUUUUGGCACUUCAGACUUUGAAGACAUUAUCUAUCCUAAAGGAGAGCCAGAUGCUGUUUCCAUUAGCAGCAGAGAUGUUGAGCUGCUUCUUCCUGAAACAUUCGUCAAUGACACAAUAAUUGACUUCUAUAUCAAAUACUUAAGCACAAGAAUCGAAACAACUGUAAAGCGCAGGUUCCACUUCUUUAAUAGCUUCUUUUUUCGCAAGCUGAAGGAUCUUGACAAAGAUCAAGGGAGAGCUCCAGAAGGUAGAACAGCAUUUUUACGUGUUCGCAAAUGGACCCGCAAAAUAGACAUAUUUGCGAAGGAUUUUCUAUUUAUUCCAGUGAACUUCAACUUGCAUUGGAGCUUAAUUGUGAUUUGUCAUCCUGGAGAAGUGGCAACAUAUGAGGAUGAUGAAACCAAGGUACCUGGUAAAGUUCCAUGUAUAUUACACAUGGAUUCUCUUAAAGAUAGUCAUAGUGGACUGAAGGACAUUGUUCAAAGCUAUCUAUGGGAAGAGUGGAAGGAAAGGCACCCUGAAUCAGCAUUAGAUAUUUCAGACAAAUUCUUAAACCUGAGAUUUGUCUCCCUUGAGCUCCCUCAGCAAGAUAAUUCAUUUGACUGUGGCCUGUUCCUUCUCCAUUAUGUGGAACUCUUUCUGAUGGAUGUUCCCAGUAGCUUCAACCCGUUAAAGAUUGAUGUACACUCAAGCUUUCUCAGUGAUGAUUGGUUUGUACCCGCUGAAGCUUCUCUGAAGCGCUCACUGAUACGAAAGUUAAUCCAUGAGCUAGUGACAGAACCUUCUCCAAAUUUUCCAAAACUAGCCUGUGGUCUCGAGCAGCUUAAUGAAAGACAUCAAAGAAGUGAACAUACUGAACAGGAAGGAGCUAGAGAGUUCCCUGCUCUGGGGUGCUCUGUUGGUGAACCCGACACAGUUUGCCAAAUUCCUGAAACAUGUCCACAAUCCACAUCCAUCUGCUUGAAUGAUUCUGAAAGGGGUCUACCUCUUUCAGGAAGCAUUUUGGAGACUGGAGAGGUUGCAAUGUUUGCUGUACAAAAUAUGCUGGUAUGUCCACCAGACAGUGAUAGUGUCGUCUGCCUGCCAAGCCCGGGUGCGAAAAAUAAGUCACUUCUUGCAGAUUUGGAUAGUCAACUUGAUCUGAGAUCAUGUGCUGAAGCGUUAGAGGGUGAUGGUUGUGUGGUAAAAGACAAGGACACUUAUGAGGAAUCUGUUCUCGAUUCUUUGCAUAAUAACCAAAAAAAUUCCAGCCAGGCAGAAGUUAAUGUGCUUGGUGUUAUGGACUCCAAAGAACUUUCUUUAGAGGCAAACGGAAGUGAAGUUGAGGAUGAUUGUGAUGAUUCCCAAGAUAUGGAUUCUUUCAUGAUGCUUGAUGCCAGCAAAGAUGACACUGGACCUGAUGCAGAAAGCACCGGAGGCGAAGCUGAGCAUGGCAGAUGUGAUCUUCCUGAUGUCAUGGAUUGUGUUGCGACCGGUGAUAUAAACGGGGAUUCUGAGCAAAUAAACAUUGCUGAAGUCGAGAAUGGCAGCAGAGAUGACAUGGGUUCAGUUGCGGAAGGUGAAAUGAGCAAAGACGUUGAUGUGCAUUCUGCUGAAACGAAUAUUGUUGCCGAAUCUGAGGACACGAAACAUGAAGAUACUCGUGUGGAUGUCAGGGCAGAAGAUGCUACGAAAGAAGAUGACACCAACGAAACCAGCGCAGCUGUGAAUGAGCAGCAUGUUUCAUCCGAGCCGAAAGAGGGGAGGAAUACUGACAGCAGAAACGGGACCAACGAAGCUUGCGCAGACGGCGAGGACAACGCUCGCGAUAACUUGGCAGCAGUUCCUCCUUGUGAAGAUGAUGCGCCCCGCAGCGCCGCCACUGAGAAGCUACAUCUUGGUAGCGGCACCUCCAGUGCAGGGGAUGAAACUGUUGUUGCCGAGGGCAGCAGCAGUAGCAAACCUUCAGACGCUACUAAAAGAGCUCUUCCCGACAAGUGCUCACAGGAUGAUGCAGCAGCAGCAGAAGAGUGCGGCGAAGCAAAGCUGCAAGAGCAUUACUACAAACGCCGCAAGGUUUCGGCGCCGGAAGAGUAGAUUAGCGACGCACCGGAAGCUCCUCCUCCAUCAAUCCUCCGUGUUUAUAGAUUAGGAAUUUGGAAUGGCUGACUAGUUUUAUCUUGUGGUCUUUUGCAAUAUGGUGAUGAUUUUAACCUCCCGUGUCACAGCUUCUGUAUGUUAUUCUUGUGAGGGAUAUCUGGGUAGUACUCCGUAUCAAUCUUGGCUACAUCCCGAAAUUUAACUUUGACCAGCAAUUUAUGUACAUUGAUUUCUGUACACCGCACAGGAGUUCCUUUUUUUGCACUUGGAAA